AUGUCGCUGUCUAACAAGCUCUCCAUCACUGACGUUGACGUCAAGGGCAAGAGAGUCCUCAUUCGAGUCGACUUCAACGUCCCUCUCGACGGCGACAAGAACAUCACCAACAACCAGCGAAUUGUCGGUGCCCUCCCCACCAUCAAGUACGCCCUCGAGAAUGGCGCCAAGUCCGUCAUCUUGAUGUCCCAUCUCGGCCGCCCCAACGGCUCCCCCAACGAGAAGUACUCCCUCAAGCCCGUUGUCGCCGAGCUCGAGAAGCUUCUCGGCAAGAAGGUCACCUUCGCCCCCGACUGUGUCGGCCCUGAGGUCGAGGAGAUCGUCAACAAGGCUGAGGAUGGCGCUGUCAUCCUCCUCGAGAACCUCCGAUUCCACAUUGAGGAGGAGGGCUCUUCCAAGGAUAAGGAGGGUAACAAGACCAAGGCCGACAAGGCUCAGGUUGAGGCUUUCCGCAAGGGCCUGACUGCCCUUGGUGAUGUCUACAUCAACGACGCUUUCGGCACUGCUCACCGUGCUCACUCCUCCAUGGUCGGUGUCGACCUCCCCCAGAAGGCCUCCGGUUUCCUCGUCAAGAAGGAGCUCGAGUACUUCGCCAAGGCUCUCGAAGAGCCCCAGCGUCCUUUCCUCGCCAUCCUCGGUGGCGCCAAGGUCUCCGACAAGAUCCAGCUCAUCGACAACCUCCUUGAUAAGGUCAACACCCUGAUCAUCUGCGGUGGUAUGGCUUUCACCUUCAAGAAGACCCUUGAGGGUGUCUCCAUCGGAAACUCCCUCUUCGACGAGGCUGGCUCCAAGACCGUCGGCAACCUCGUUGAGAAGGCCAAGGCCAAGGGCGUCAAGCUCGUCCUCCCUGUUGACUACAUCACUGCCGACAAGUUCGACAAGGACGCCAACACUGGCUACGCCACCGACAAGGACGGUAUCCCCGACGGCUGGCAGGGUCUUGACUGCGGCGAGGAGUCCGUCAAGCUCUACAAGGAGGCCAUCGCCGAGGCCAAGACCAUCCUCUGGAACGGUCCCGCCGGUGUCUUCGAGUUUGAGAAGUUCGCCAGCGGCACCAAGGCUACCCUCGACGCCGUCGUCGAUGCUGUUCAGAAGGACGGCAAGAUCGUCAUCAUCGGAGGUGGUGACACUGCCACCGUCGCCAAGAAGUACGGCGUCGAGGACAAGCUCAGCCACGUCUCCACCGGUGGUGGUGCCAGCUUGGAGCUCCUCGAGGGCAAGGAGCUGCCCGGUGUUACCGCUCUGUCGAGUAAGUAA